GUGGCGGCCGCUGGGGUGAGGUGCGAGGCGGAGCGCGCGAGGACUGACUCUGGAGGAGCGAAUGUAAAUCAGCAUAUAGCAGAAAAUGUCCACUGAACGGACUUCUUGGACAAGCCUGUCCACUAUUCAGAAAAUAGCCCUGGGCCUCGGGAUCCCAGCCAGCGCAACAGUUGCCUACAUCCUGUACCGAAGGUAUAGGGAAAGCAGAGAAGAGCGGCUGACGUUUGUUGGGGAGGAUGACAUCGAGAUAGAGAUGCAAGUUCCGCAGGAGGCUGUGAAGCUCAUCAUUGGCCGGCAAGGAGCCAAUAUAAAACAGCUGCGGAAACAGACAGGUGCUCGGAUCGAUGUGGACACAGAGGAUGUAGGCGAUGAGCGAGUACUGCUUAUCAGUGGUUUUCCUGUUCAGGUGUGCAAGGCCAAAGCAGCAAUUCAUCAGAUCCUGACAGAGAACACCCCAGUGUCUGAGCAGCUCUCAGUUCCCCAGAGAUCUGUGGGCAGAAUCAUAGGGAGAGGCGGUGAGACGAUUCGUUCUACCCGUGAGGCCUCUGGAGCCAAGAUUACCUGUGACAAAGAAUCAGAGGGGACAUUACUACUAUCAAGACUUAUAAAAAUCUCAGGAACACAGAAGGAAGUGGCAGCGGCCAAGCAUUUGAUACUGGAAAAAGUUUCAGAAGAUGAAGAACUUCGGAAGAGAAUCGCACAUUCUGCAGAAACUAGGGUCCCACGCAAGCAGCCAAUCAGUGUGAGAAGAGAGGAAGUGACAGAGCCAGAUGGAGCUGGAGAGACAGCUCUAUCGAAAAACACCAGUUCUAGUGUGGAGCAGGCCAUGCCCCUGGCGGUUACUCCCCACAAAGGAGGUGGUGACAUGGCUGUUGUAGGGCCAAAAGAAGGUUCCUGGGAGAAACCUAAUGAUGACAGCAUUGAAAAGUCUGGAGCCCAGGCCAUUCCAGAGAUGUCCAUGUUUGAAAUCCCUAGUCCUGACUUUAGUUUCCAUGCUGAGGAGUACCCAGACGUCUAUGUCUCUGCUUCUGAACACCCUAACCACUUCUGGAUCCAGAUCAUUGCUUCCCGCAGCCUGCAACUGAAUAAGCUUGUCAAUGAAAUGACCCAGCACUAUGAAAAUAGUCUGCCUGAAGAAUUGACUGUGCAUAUAGGAGACAUCGUAGCAGCACCUUUACUUACAAAUGGUUCCUGGUAUCGAGCCCAGGUCCUUGGCACCUUGGAAAAUGGGAACUUUGACCUCUAUUUUGUUGACUUUGGAGAUAACGGAGAUUGCCCACUGAAGGACCUCAGGGCUCUCAGGAGUGACUUCCUAAGCCUUCCAUUUCAAGCAAUAGAGUGCAGUCUGGCCCGGAUCGCCCCCUCAGGUGAACAGUGGGAAGAGGAAGCUUUGGAUGAAUUUGAAAGACUCACUCACUGUGCUGACUGGAAGCCCCUUGUGGCCAAGAUCUCUAGCUAUGUCCAGACUGGGAUCUCAACUUGGCCAAAGAUCUACUUAUAUGAUACUAGCAAUGGGAAGAAACUUGAUAUUGGGCUAGAGUUAGUUCGUAAAGGAUACGCAAUUGAGCUUCCUGAAGACGUGGAAGAAAACGGAGCCAUCCCAGACAUGUUGAAGGAUGUGGCCACAGAAACAGAUGCCUCUCUGGGCACCAUGCUCACUGAGACCAAAAAGAGCCCUGGAGAGAUAACACAUACCCUGUCCUGCCUCAGCUUAUCAGAAGCUGCCUCUAUGUCUGGUGAUGAUAACCUUGAAGAAGACUAUUUGCUUUGAAGUUUGGACUUCAGCUGGCUCAGCCAUCUGCUUUGCUGUGUGAGUGGAGCCAUCAUCUAUCUGUAGCAACAGGAAAGUAACGAGGGUGACAACAGGGGCCUUGCUUGAUUCCUUCUUCCCUGUGCCCUGUCUUAAUACACUUCUCUGCAGCUGCUUUCCUGUAGCUUAACUUGCUGUCAGAUUGAGCCCUUUCAAGCUUUUUGUGUCUUUGUGUGUUUGUGUCUUUGGCAGGUUUUGGUGCCUGGAGAGAGGAGUCUGUGGUAGAGAGAGAUCCAUGAAGUCCUUUAUUACGUAUACAGUCUGGCUUGCUUUGGACCAAAUUCGUUUUCUCCUUCCAUUGGACUACCAAAAAGCGUGGGGCAGAGGGAAACAGACACAUUCCCCCUACUCCAACUCCGAUUUCUCCCCUCCCUUCAGUGUUUGAAUACUGCUGUUCCAGGCUGUUCAGCGCCAGGCUCGGUCCCCUCUGCCAGUCAUAAUGCACAGUGCUGCUAGGCUGUGUCCUUUUUGAGGCUGGGAAACAGCCAGAGUUUGGUCAUUGGAUGUGAUGAUUCUGUAAACUUCUGACUCACGUUCUCAGGUGACUAUGGUUAAAGGAAAGGAAGUUUUUGAGUGGUAAGCUCAAAGACUGGGGGCUCAGACUGCAGUUGAGUCAGGAGACAAAGGCAAAAAUCAGCAUAAUUAUAUUAAAAGGCCUUGAAGUAAGAAGAGAAUACUACCUCCUAGCCUCAAUUGCUGGUGUUAUUGGAGACAGAUUUUUGAAACUGUGCUCCAACUAAUUCUCUGUAAAUUUUAGUUAAAAUACAAGUAAAGGGGACAGGAAGCUCAGGAAAUACUCUAAAUUGCUAACAUAAUAUCCAUAUGUAUACAUACACAUGUACCUGUAGAGAACAUAUAUAGUUCUGUUUAAAUCAUUUUGAGGGGAUUCUUUGCUGAAUAAAGUUCUCAAGAAAAUUAAUCUAAAACCAAA